CGCGGCUCCGCGCUGAGCGGCUGGUUUGUGUGUAGCAGCUUGGGCUAUGGAUUAGUGCGCGUUAGCAAACCCAGGGCAAUGGGGCGUCCGCGCUGCCCCGGCUUUGCGAGCACUGGUGGCGGGUAGGGGAGGCAGCGGCAGACACGGGGCGCACCGCCUGGCCAUGAAGAAACUCUUCGGCCGCAGGGCCAAGGGCCUGUCCCCGCUCGGGCCGGCCGCGGUGCGGCGCCGCGUGGGUCUGGGGCGGGAGGGCGCCGGCUGCUCCCGCUCGCCCCGGUACCGCGUUCCUGACAAGGACAUGGGCAAGAUCCACAAGGCCGCCAGCGAGGGGGACGUAGCCAGAGUACAGCACAUCCUGAUGCUUGGGAAAAGUGGCGUGAACGAUAGAGACAAGAAGGACAGGACUGCUCUACAUUUUGCCUGUGCCUAUGGCCAUCCAGAAGUGGUGACUCUCUUAGUAGAGCGAAAAUGCGACAUAGAUGCCCGCGACAGUGAGAACAGCACAGCUCUCAUUAAGGCUGUGCAGUGCCAAGAAGAGGAGUGUGCAGCCAUACUGCUGGAACACGGGGCCGAUCCGAACGUGAUGGAUGCCAGCGGCAACACAGCGCUCCACUAUGCUGUGCGUGGUGAGAGCAUAUCCAUAGCAGCCAGACUGCUUUUACACAGUGCAGACACGGAGAUGAAAAACAAGGAUGACCUCACACCACUGUUACUUGGUGUAAAGGAAAAUAAACAAGAGAUUGUGGAAUUUUUAGUAAAGAAGAAAGCAAGUAUUCAUGCAGUUGAUGAGCUUGGAAGCAACAGGCAGACACUUUUUGAAUGUGAUGAAGAGAGACCAAAAAACUCUGAAACUAGCAGUCCAGUACUGGGAGUGGAACCCAGGGCCUCAUACAUGCGAGUGGAUAAGAGUUCUGAAGAUGACUCUUCAAUCAGGCGUUCUAACACACCUGGCCCUGAUGAUUCCUGGCCUACAUCAGAUGAGGAUGACUAUAAUUUUGAUAACAAGAAUGUCCCCAAAGUAAACUUCACAGAGCUGUGGACUGCUGCUCAGCAAUCCAAGAAAAAUCAAGCAAAUUAUGAUUUUGGGAAACUGGAAAAUAGAAUCACGUUUGACAGCGGUGAUUCCAACAAUGAAAAUGAAGAUGUAGUUGAGACAGUUCCUCAAACAUCAGUCAGAGGCCAGGGCUCUGCUCCUCCUUCUUUCCUGUCACCUGACCCAAGGGAGGGAACAGCAGAGCCAAAAAUGGGAAAAGAAGAAAAUGGUACUGAUGUUAUUGAGAGUGCUUCACAAGAGCAACCAAAUGAUGACAAUUUAACUUAUGCUGAUGGGUGGCACAAAAGUAACAGGAGCGAAAUGAUGUCUGCAUUAGGAUUAGGAGAAGAUGAAGAUGAAGAAUCACCAUGGGAUUCUGAGCAGAGCGUCUCUGAGAGUCUUUCACUGAAAUGUGUUGGUCAUUUACCAGAGGCUGCAGGUGGCAGAGGGGAAAAUCGAGCAAAUGGGCAAGUAGAAGGUAAGAGUUGUAUUUCAUUCUUUAAGAGUCCUGGCAGAAUGUCAGAACCAGACUUAGAAAUAAUAUCAAGAAAAGAACAAAAAUGGCUUAAUAGCAAUGAAAAUAGGCAGCUACAGGUUGAAGAAAAAAGAGUACAAAAAUAUAAUAAAACAGAAAUAUCAGAAAACCUCUGCAAUGGUGCUGCUGACAGAGAUGUUGAUGGAUUAAAUCAGCAGAAUGGAAAAGCUGAUCAAGGAUUUUCUGUGAAGGAGAGUAAAGAACGUGGUUGGGGUAGUCCUGCCUUGCCGCUGAAGGACGUAAAGAAAAAAGAUCAAAAGUGGGUUUUCAAAGAAUCUGCACCUACACCAACGACUGAGACAGCUGAUUCUCUACAACUGAAGGAGGAUUCCAGCUUAAGUGAGAUCAAAGAUGAAGCAAGCAAACAAAUAAGUGUUAUGGAUGACCUUGAUGACUUGACUCAGUCAUCAGAAACAUCCUCUGAGGGCUGUGAGCUGCCUUACCCUAAUUAUGAGAGUAUUUUGCUGCAAAUCGAGCAUCUUAGGAUGGAGUGUAAAGAUACUGUUUGCCUUUUGAAAAUCCGAGACGCAAUUCAUUCAUACAAAAGAUUAAUAGAGUUUAAAAGAAGUCACUGUGAACUACUUACAGGAAAAAUGAAAAGAAUGGAAAAUAAGUUUAAUAGAUUACAGAAAGAGCUAUCAGAAUCAAAAGAAGCACAAUCACAGUUAGAACAUGAGAAAGUAGAAUGGGAGCAGGAGCUCUCCACUCUGAGAUUUGCACUGAAACAAGAGGAGGAGAGGCGGAGAAGCGCUGAUCAGCUUCAUGAGAAAGUGACGGACCAGCUUAGGAAGAAAGAAGAGCAGUACGACAGAGAGGUUGGAAUCAAACAGCAACUUGAAAUCUCUCUGAGGACCCUAGAUAUGGAGUUGAAGACAGUGAAAAAUAAUCUGAAUCAGGUUUUAGAGGAACGAAAUGACACUCAGAGGCAACUUUCUCGAGAACAAAAUGCCAGGAUAUUACAAGAUGGGAUCCUUGCAAAUCACCUGUGCAAACAAAAGGAGAUAGAAAUGGCACAAAAGAAAAUGACUUCUGAGGUUUCUGUUAGUCAUGAGAAAGAAAAGGAUCUGCUGCAUAAAAAUCAGAGGCUGCAGGAUGAAAUUGCCACAUUAAGACUGGAAAUGGACACGAUAAGAAAUCAUAACCAGGAAAAAGAAAAGAAAUAUCUUGAUGACAUUAAAGUUGAGAAUGAAAAGAAUGAUAAACUUCAAAGGAUGAUAAAACUGAACGAAGAAACAUUUACAAAAACAGUGUUCCAGUACAACGGACAGCUUAAUAUUCUGACAACUGAGAACACAAUGCUGAGUUCUAAACUGGAAAAUGAAAAACAAAAUAAGGAAAGGCUGGAAGCAGAAAUUGAGUCAUACCGUUCUAGGCUGGCUUUUGCUGUGCGUGACCACGAUGAGAUCCAGACCUCGAAAAGGGACCUGGAAGUUGCUUUCCAGAGAGCACGGGAUGAGUGGCUUCGUUUGCAGGACAAGCUGAAUUUUGAAAUAUCUAACCUCAAAGAUAACAAUGAGAUUCUUUCCCAACAGCUUUCUAACACUGAAAGAAAAUUCAACAGUCUAGAAAUUGAGUUUCAUCAUACAAGAGAUGCUCUUAGAGAAAAGACUUUGGUUUUAAAACAGGCAUGGAGAGACCUAAGCCAGACACAGUGCCAAAUGAAGGAAGUUGAGCACAUGUAUCAGAGUGAGCAAGGGAAGGCGAAUAAAUACAUUGGAAAGCAGGAAUCUAUACAGGAGAGAUUAUCUCAACUACAGAGUGAAAACAUGUUGCUUCGGCAACAAUUAGAUGAUGCUAACAACAAAGCUGAUAAUAAGGAAAAGACAAUAGUUAAUAUCCAAGACCAGUUUCAUGAUAUUUUUAAAAGACUUCAAGCUGAGAGUGAAAAACAAAGUGUGAUGCUCGAAGACAGAAACAAGGAGUUAAUUGAUGAAUGUAAUCAUUUAAAAGAAAGAAUGUGUCAGUAUGAAAAUGAGAAAGCAGAAAGAGAAGUAGUUGUGAGAGACCUUCAACAAGAACUGGCUGACACCCUAAAAAAGCAGUCCAUGUCAGAGGCCUCACUGGAGGUCUCCUCACGUUACCGUGUUAACUUAGAAGAUGAGACACGAGAUUUAAAGAAGAAAUUAGGUCAAAUCCGAAGCCAAUUGGAAGAAGCACAGAGUCAGCACACUGAUGCUGUCCAGUGUGCUGAGAGGAUGCAAGACCGCCUACAAAAAUUUAAGAAGCUGUUAAAAAUGACAAAAAAGGAAUUAAAUGAACACAAAAACAAAGAGUUCAGUCUCCAUCAAGAUAUAAAAACCAGUCAAUUUGAAAACGAUAUGCCAACUAACGUGCUGAAAAACAAGAUUGAUGACCUUACAGCAAAACUAGAAAUUGCAUCUUCAAAAUGUCUACAUCUGGAUAAAAAAAAUCAACUUCUUCAGGAGGAGUUAUUAUCUAUGAAAACUAUACAAAAGAGAUGUGGAAAGCUAGAGAAGAACAAAAAGAAAUUGGAACAAGAAGUAGUAAACCUCAAAAGUCACAUGGAAAAGACCCUGGUAGAACUUGGCCAGGUAGAGCAGUAUAAACGGGAGAUUGAAGAGAAAGCAAGGCAGGAGCUGGUGGAAAAGUUAAAGCAAGUCAAUCUGUUUUUGCAGACACAAGCAGUAUCUCAAGAAAACUUAGAGCAAUUAAGAGAACAGAAUACUACUUCCUUAAGAAACCAGAUGGAACUCAGAAUUAAAGACCUAGAAUCUGAGCUCUCUAAAAUGAAAACUCAAGAAGAUUUUGAUAAACUAGAACUACAAAAGUAUAAGCAGCUCUAUCAAGAAGAAUUCAAAGUUAGAAAAUCAUUGUCAAAUAAACUAAACAGGACUAAUGAGAGGCUAGAGGAGGCCAGCAGUAAACUACUCCUGGAGGAACAACAGAACAGGUCUUUACUGAACACUCUUAGUACCAGGCCUGUG